AUGGUUUCGAAGCCGCACAUAUCUUUUCACUAGCUUAUGAGGAACUUUGAAAGGAGUACAAUUACGGCCGUUGAAUCACAACCCCCUUGCAUGGAGAAGAAAACAAUGGAGGAAAAAUCAACUCCGUACAAAAUGGGCUAUUGCUUCAUCGCGAUAUACACCAGCUCUUUGCCGUGUGUAUGUUUAGUCGUCUGGCUACUCAGUUUGAUUUGACU